UGCUAGUCUGCACAGACCGCGACCGGACUGACGGCCUUCCCUUCCUCCACGGCUUUCUUGCCGCGCCGUGGCAGCGAGGAAGAGCCUUGCUACUACCACUAGUAGACCGCGGCUCUAGCAGCGCCGUUGAUAAGUUUUUAAAGUCGAAUCUUCAAGUAGAACCUUGAAGAUUAGUAACGUGCCAACCACUGCGGACUCGGACCGACCGCCGCCAUGGUUGCUCGUACAACUACUGCUGUCGUCGGCGGCCGUGGCGGGAGGUCAUCCGCCGUGCGGCCUGCAGUGCUGCCAGCCGUGCUGCUGCUACUCGCCGUCGUGCUGCUGCCGUGGACCGGCGUGUAUCAUCGCGCUGGCAACUCCCGCGGAGGGAUUCAGCUCGCCGCGGCGCAGACGGACUGCCCGCUGAUCGGGCAGGGUAUCGACCCGUACACGGCGGGGGCUGUAACCGAGAAGCCGAAAAUGUUCCUCUCCGUCCAACUGAAGAAGCUCAUCAGAGUGGAUGAGGUCAUGUACAGCUACGCGGCGUAUUUCCAAGUCGUCGCCACCUGGAGAGACCCAAGAGUGAACGACACGCUGGCCAUCAACAACGCCAUCAACGCGUUCGGCCCGAGCCUCACCGGACUCGCCACGGACAACUGCAAGCCGAACGUGUCGUUUUCGGGGUUCAACAUCAGCCAGAAGGAGGACUGCCUGAAGAACCGCAAGCAGAACAACCUGCCGCAGAUGGACGGGUGCAGCAAGAAGUGCACCCCAUCGGGCACCAUGUGCUGCGACUCCAUCUGGAUCCCCUCGCUCACCAUCGACAACGUGCUCUUCUACCCGCAGGACCGCUACCAGACAGAGAGCAUCUACUUCUUUGGGCAGUACAGCAACGAGUUCAGCUCCGUCGACAGAGAGGUCGUCGUGGGAGGCGAAUUCUCCUCACCUCUCGACUUCAAGAUGUUUCCCCUUGACACUCAGACGCUGCGGCUGAGCAUUCAGGUGGAGAGCGGGGAGUUCUAUCUGGUGCAGAGCAACUCGGGGCGCGAGUCAGAGCAGGGGGGGGGGCAGCUGGGGGGAGGGGGAGGCACGUUCGUGGUUGACGAGGUGACCGGGUGGAAGAUCAACAGCGUAGCGCUCAACUGCACGCCCGCUGCCACCACCGUCGCCACCACCGCCAAUUAUGCACCUGAUGACCCCUGGUCCGCCUUCUCCCAGAGCUCCUCCUCCUCCGAUGCGGCCAGCAGCAACCAGUCCACGUCGUGUGUCUUCACCAUCCAGGUCUCCCGCACCAGCGGCGUCUUCAUCAUCUCCAUUAUCGUUCCUGUCACCCUGAGCGUGUAUCUGUGCUUCUCGGUGUUCUUCGCUAAGCCCGACGACCUUGAGACUCGAUCCGCCACGUUUCUGACGCUCUUCCUCGCCCUCGCAGCCGUGCAAUUUGUCAUCGACGGUCAGCUGCCUCGCUCGUCCGCCAUCACACGGUUUGGCUAUCUGGUCAUCAUCUCCUACGUCUUCAUUGUGCUCUCUGCUGUGGAAACCCUCAUCGUGUACCUUAUCUCUGACAGGCUCGAGAAGGAUGUGGUGGACGUUGUUGGGGACGUACACGAGGUAGUCAAACGCUCCUUGACACAGGAUUAUUCCGACAAGCAAAUCCCGAGCCCGCCCAAGGACAAGAAAUUAUGUAUGCCAUGCAACAACGCCAAUGGUGGGGAGGAAAACGAGGGGCUUCGCAAGGCUGAAGUGGAGGAAGCGGGCGACGAGAACGGCAGCGCGAAGGAGGAAGAGACUGAGCGCCCAGAGGCUGAGAUGAAGAGCGGGAAACUCACGAGAAUUCCCACCAAACACUGGAAAUUCAGCCUUUUCGGUUAUCAUUUGAAGCCAGUCAAAGAAGAAAAGGAAAAUGAUGGCAACUAUCUUUUGGCCGUCAGGAUUGACUUUGUUUGCUGUGUUACCUUCUUCUUUGGUUAUACCCUAUGUGUAAUCCUUCUCUACACAAUUUAGAUAGAAGCUUGUCGGUGCAACAUUUUGGUAAUA